GUACGUGCGGACGAGUGAUUUCUUUACGUCCUAUAAGGCCUUUAAAAAAAAAGAUGGUGUAUUGCCCUUUGCGACCGACCCACAAAUCUUAAAAUCUACGGUCGGCUUUUUUUUUUCUUUUUUUCUUCACGAAACUUUAACCCUUUCAUGCAGAUACAACAAGAGAGUGAUGAUGACAUAACCCCUGCGGAGGCUCUGAUACAAUUCCUUAUCAAUCAAGGAUCCAAGGUCGACAUCAAGGACAACGAAGGCUUUACACCGGUACAGUAUGCUAGAGAGGAGCGCAUUAGGCAAAUGGUUUUACGGAGCUUGUCCGAAGAUGAUGUUCAUACAUUCCGCGAUCUACCGAUUGCAAGAUCUACUGAGAUUCAUCGCAUUAUCGGCUGUGAAGGAGGGAUUCUACAUUUGGACAGCUGUGACAUAACAAUGUCGAUUCCACCUGGGACAGUGCAGGCUGGCUCUUGUCAUAAUGUAUCUAUAGCUCUAGUUACUGAUGAUCCCCCACCUAUCCGAGAGAGGGAGUUUCUUACAGGCCAUGGCAUUGGAAUCACAUUCCCUGCACAGUGGCGCUAUUCCAAGAACCAGCCUAUAACGUUAAGUCUUCCUCAUGCCGCAACAUUGCUGAAUUCAAACGAUGUUCAUACUGACAUUAUCUGGAAACAAACUAAAUCAACCUCAGGUUAG